AUGAGCAUGACCGAAGAAACGAUCGACUCGAUAGAGAAAGGAACGCUCGACACCAACGAGACGAAAGCUGAGACUGGGGAUCAUGGAGACUUCAAUCGUGCAACUUAUGGACUCAGCCAACUUUCGUGCUCGACUGCCAACAAUGAGGAUUUUUACAUUGUGCACCAUACUGAUGAUGAAUCGCGUGAGACUCGAAAAGAAACAGAGCCUAAACACUUUCAUCCGCUUGCUUCCGCCUAUGAUGAAGUCCCGAUGCGAUCCGUAGCUGCACAGACUUCCAUCUGCACUAACUCGGAGAAUUUUCCAACAACUCCUUACUUGCCUUUUGGAUUGGUUCGUGAAUAUCCACCACCAAACAUGGUCUACCGGGAAAUCAAUCGAAUUCCUAAUGCCCAUAUUCGGCAAUUGAUGACUAAUGCCCAGCCUUUUCCAUAUAGCAAGAAUGAUGUGCCAAUGCUGUCUGCUCCAAACUUCGCAAUGAAUCGUUCCCCAACGAUGGCUGUUGAGAAUAGUAUGACCAACAACAUGCAACAUGAAGGAGAUUCCGCUAGUCGCUCGAAUACUCGUCGCUAUAACUCUCAUGUCGAGUCAAACGCCUUUCACGGUUCUUCUCGGUCCAUCUCAAACAACUCGCGUCGUUAUGUGAUGUCGAAGUCGAUCUUCAACUCGACUCCGAAGGGUCAAUAUCCAAUGAUGUACGUCAGUGAACAUGGAAUCAUUUCACUUGUCAUUUCUGAUGAUAUUCUGAUUGAGACUGGAAUCGAUAGAACUUUGCGUGUUGUUUCGCACGGCAACUUUGCGAUGACGAUGAACUCUCGUGGAACAGCUUCGGCAGUUGAACAUCCACUUGCAAAGAUCAUUCAUGGUACCACAAAGAUUUCCGCUAGAUUUGUUGCUUUCAACAACAAGUUCACGGUUUUGGAUUCUGAAGCUAUUCUAUUUACGAUGGGCCAUCUGCAAUCAGGAUUUCUGAUAAGGUCAAAUGAUCCUAAAAAGGUGCCUGUGGAAAUUCCUAUGAGCAUCGAAUUGCUAAAAUGCUUCAAUUUGAAUCAGGACUACACGCAGCACGUUUUCUACAAUGAAGCUCCGGAGGACGUUAACGCUCAACGCUUGGAAGUUUGCUACGAUAUUAUCCACAAGGCCACGUUUGAAUAUCUCGAAGAUGGCGCUCUGCGCAUGAAUAUUCACGGAAUGGUCAUUACAAGCUGCCCCAACGGGGAUCUUCGAAUUGAUUCUCGUCCUCGUGUCAUCACAUGCAAUCCGAAAAAGGGAACGCUUAUGUUGCGCAGUCCUUUGAUUGAUAUCGGAGUGGAUGAGGACGAAAAGGCUUACGUGAAGCGGGGAUCGAAACGCGUACAUGUGUCGAAAAGCGGAAUGGUGGUCUCCGAUGGCAACUGUGUCACUAGCAUGGAUCAUUAUGGACGCAUUAUCUCAUGUACU